AUGGACUUGGUUCAGAAACAGGAGUACACUGAAGGAAUAGAAGAAUACCUUGAAGAAUAUAAUGUGUAUGAUUACUUCUAUGAACUUAUGAAAGAAGUAGUCGCCCAGAAACCCAAAAAUCCUAUCGAUUUUCUUAUAGAAAGGAUCAGCAAGACUGAGACUAAGAGAUGUGUAAUCGUUGGUCCCCCUGGAUUCAGCCAAUUAGGCCUCGGUAGGCUCAUUGCAGGGAAGAUCGGGUGGAAAUAUCUAAAUAUGACUGAUUGGAUUGAGAGAGAAGUUGAGGAAAUUCGUAAAUCUGAGGCUGAUAAGCUCCCUAAGCCAAGACCUCCAAAGGUCAAGAAGGAAAAGAAGAAGCCAACUACUCCUAAGAAAGAGCUUCCUAAAGAAGAGACUAAAGAAAAAACCAAGAAAGAGAUCAAGGAAGGUGAUAAAGAAGAUGGGAAAAAGGAAGAAACAAAGGAUGGUAAAAAGGAAGAAAUGAAGGAUGGCAAAAAUGGAGAAACUACGGAUGGCAAAAAGGACGAUAAGAAAGAUGAUGAGAAGGAUACAAAGAGUGAAAAAGAUAGCAAAAAAGACAAAGAUGAGCAGAAGGAAGAUAAAAAGGAAAAUGAAAACAAAAGUGAUACCAAAAGCACACAUGAAGAAGGAGAUAAAGAAAAGGAAGAAGGAGAAGAUAAGGAAGAAGAUAAAGAAGAUGCUAACAAAAAUAAAGAGCCAGAACAAGAAGAAGCUGCUCCCCCACCUCCACCAAAAACACAUAUUUUAGAGCUCCUUGAAAAUCUUCAGAGAUAUAAGAAGGAAAGAUUAGAAGAUGAUUCAGACGAGGAUAUCAACAACCACCAUCUCUUUGAUGAUAUUAUACUAAGAAACAAUGAGAAAGUUCAUGAAGGGUUCAUCUCAGAUGAGAAUUCAAUCAAAGUCUUCACUAAAAAUGCAAAAGAAUAUACUCAUGAAAGUUGGAUUUUAGAAGGAUUUCCUAAAACUAAGAACCAAGCUUUAGCUUUAGGUAAAAAUAAGAUAAUCCCUGAUAAGAUCUUCCUUCUAAAGUACUCUGAUGAGGUGGCUCGGGAACAUAUUAUGAAUGGCCUCAAACAAAAACACUCUGAUAAUAUAACUGAAGAAGAAAUGGAAGGCAUUACUCAAAGAAUUAUUGAAGAAUACCAUUUGAACAUCAAAGAUGUCCAAGAUCUCUUCAAGAAUGUGAUCCACAUUAUCGAUGCUCAUGGUUAUGUCGAAGGAUACUCUGAUGAGCAAAACAAGGCAUCUAAUUUUGUAGAACAAAUUUCCUCACUAAUCCUCAUGAAGAGGACAAGUCCUGACAGAAAACUCAGGGUCAUUGUAGUUGGAGCUCCUGGAAGUGGCAGGUCAACCCAAGCAGAGAAAAUAGCUGAAAAAUACAGACUUGUUCACAUCAGCACCAACAAUUUAUUACAAAAUGAGAUCAGGCUUGGAACUGAAAAAGGAAAGAGAAUUAACGACUGAUUUACGAACAACAAACUAGUCCCUGAUGAAAUUAUCUGCUCUCUUGUAGAAAAUAGAGUUAAGCAGGCAGAUUGUGCCCAAAAUGGUUGGGUUCUAGAUGGAUUCCCCAAAACUAUUCAGCAAAUUACUGUGCUCAAAGCUGUCAAAAUUAAGCCAACGAGAGUAAUCAUCCUCGAAUGUGCGAAGGAAAUCUGUGUAAACAGAAUAAUUAACAGAUACUUCGAUCCAAUCACAGGAUGUUUCUACAAUAUUGAGAAGAAUCCUCCAACUGAUCCUUCCAUCAAGGAGAGAAUCAAGCCAUUCUUCCCAGAUAUGGAUAAAGAGAAGGUAGAGAAGAGAUGGAACAUCUGGAAUCAAUUCCAGAUCAAAGUUCAGGAGAAUUACCAAGAUCUUGCUCUAAAGUUUAACACUGAAGAGUACACUACUGAGGAAGUGACCGAACAAAUCUGUGAGUAUCUUCAAAAUCCACUCUUCUAAAAUUCAAUUUAGC